CCACCCUGGGACCUAGGUCGAGGUUGGGGGGUGGGUGCCCCACCCCCUCCGGCCUGGGGCCAAUGGGAGGCCGAGGCCCCGCCCUCCUCCAGGAGAGUAUUUAGAAGCCGAUCGGGGAAGCACCCGGAGAGCUGGGGAAGCCGGAGGAGGGAGUGCUGAGUGGAGCUCGGCCCCAAGUCCCGACCUGGACCCGGGAAGCAGGGGCGGUUGGCGUGUGGGGUGGAGCCCACAUCCAGCAGAAGUGGGUGAGUCCUGGAGCCGCGCCCCACACAGAACUGCCCCAUUCCACCCCCGGCAGUCACCACCAUGGCCUGGCUGGUGCUGCUGGGCGCACUGCUGUGCAUGCCGCGCGUCGGGGUGGGCAGUCUGGGCUCAGAGGGCUUUUUGCCCUCUGCACCCCAUAACUGCCCCUACAGAUGUGUGUGCGCCGCUGACCUGCUGAGCUGCGCGGGCCUGGGGUUGCAGGACGUGCCGGCUGCGUUGCCUGCCACUGCUGCGGACCUCGACCUGAGCCACAACGCGCUCCAGCGCCUCCGCCCCGGCUGGCUGGCGCCACUCUCCCGGCUGCGCGCCCUGCGCCUAGGCCACAACGAACUGGACAUGCUAGGUCACGGAGUCUUCACCAACGCCAGCGGCCUGCGGCUACUCGAUUUAUCAUCUAACGCGCUGCGGGCGCUUGGCCGCCACGACCUCGAAGGGUUGGGGGCGCUCGAGAGGCUGCUUCUGUUCAAUAACCGCUUAGCGCACUUGGAUGAGCACGCUUUCCAUGGCCUGGGCGCACUCAGCCGCCUCUACCUGGGCUGCAACGAACUCUCCUCCUUCUCUUUUGACCACCUGCACGGUCUGGGCACGACCCACCUACGUACUCUGGAUCUCUCCUCCAACCGCCUGGGACGCAUCCCAGUACCUGACCUGGCUGCACUGCCAGCCUUUCUUAAGAACGGCCUUUACCUGCACAACAAUCCAUUACCCUGUGACUGCCGUCUCUACCACCUGCUGCAGCGCUGGCAUCAGCGGGGCCUAAGCGCUGUGAGUGACUUUGCCCGAGAGUACAUGUGCCUGGCCUUCAAGGUACCCACAUCCCGUGUGCGCUUCUUUGAGCACAGCCGUGUCUUUGAGAAUUGCUCAGCUGUCCUGGCUCAGGGCCUAGAGCAGCCCGAAGUGCAGCUGCACGUGCAGAUGGGCCGGUCCCUGAGGCUGCACUGCAACACCAGUGCCGCAGCUGUGCGCAUCGCCUGGGUGUCACCACAGCACGAGCUGCUGGUGGCACCAGGAUCCCGAGAUGGCAGCAUCGCAGUGCUGGCUGAUGGCAGCUUGGCCAUCAGCAAUGUGCAGCCGCAGCACGAGGGGGUCUUUGUGUGCCUGGCAGCCGGGCCCCGCCUGCAUCACAACCAGACGCACGAGUACAACGUGAGCGUGCAUUUCCCACACCCUGAGCCCGAGGCUUUCAACACAGGCUUCACCACCCUGCUGGGCUGUGCUGUGGGCCUGGUGCUCGUGCUGCUCUACCUUUUUGCGCCACCCUGCCCAGGCUGCCGCCGCUGCUACCGUCGCACCUGCCACUGCCGCCGCUGGCCCCGGGCACCCAGCCCCCUCCAGGAGCUGAGCGCACAGUCCUCAGUGCUCAGCACACCACCGGAUGUGCCCAGCCGCAAGGCCAGUGUCCACAAGCAUGUGGUCUUUCUGGAGCCGGGCAGGAGGGGCCUCAAUGGGCGUGUGCAGCUGGCAGUAGCCGAGGACUUUGAUCUCUACAAUCCUGUGGGCCUGCGGCUCAAGGCUGGCUCUGAGUCUGCUAGCUCCACAGGCUCUGAGGGUCUGGUGAUGACCUAGGCUGCCCUGGGCCCAGAGCCAGGCCACUUGCCACCCGCUGCUCUCCCUGCUCCCUGCUGCCGCCCUGACAACUGCCAGAUGCUGGUGGGAGCGCUGGGCUUGGUCCUCCAGCCUCCUGCACGGCCUUGACCUCAACCACAGCAGCCCCACUCACUAAUGGAGGGGCUGGGCUCCCCACCCUCUCUCCUGCUCUGCUCUAACACAGGGCCCAAAGGCCCUAGACCCUAGUAGGACCUACUGGUGCCCACACGUCCCACGAGGACUGGAACUGGGGCCAUCUGGAAGAGCCCUUGCCUGAGAGCCCUAGGUACACCACCUCAGAGGCCGAGGCAGCUACCAAGCCGUGGUGAAGUACUGAAGCAUAACCAUCUUCCCCUUCCCAAGGGGACAGGAAGAGAGUGGGCCCACAGGGGAAGAGGAGAAGGGCUCCAAAGGAAGACCUAGGCCCCCACCCAGGGUGGAAGGAGGAAACAUGCACCAACAUCCAACCUACUUCAAGCUCCACAACUCCAUGUAGUCUGCUGGGCAGGAAAGGAAGCAGGUGGGGCUCCUCAAGAGACCCCCAGGGGGCCUGGCCUGAGCAUCAGCCAGAGUGGCCCUGCUCCCUCUGGUCAGGGGCAGCCACAGACCACUCUGAGAGCACAGCCUCUCCCGUGGGCUCACAAGACAGCAGUAAGGGGCAACAUGGCCUGUGCCCCCAGCUUUUUAGCAGUAAAAAGCCCGAGCAUAGCCAAGAUGGGAGGGCCUAGCCGGAACUUGCUGUCCCUCGAGGGUAGAAGCCUCUUAAGGUCUGGCACUGAUCUUGGUCUAAUGGCUGAGGCAGUGCCCUGGUCUCAUAUGCUCUUACCACCCACCACAGGGAGGCAGGGAAGGG